CGCCCGUGUACCGUCAAAGUGCGCGGACGCUGUAUCGCAGAUUGCCAUACGUGUAAAGUAUACCUAUAGCUACAUCUAGUGACAUGCGCGACAAUUUUAUUGCUCAUUACACGUAUUUUUUGCACGUUUGUUUACGGAAUAGCUCUACAUUCAAGUGCAUCGGUUGUUAUGUAAUACCAAAGACUUUUCAACGCUCUGUGUGUAAUUAACUUUUCGAGUGAUUAAGAAGCGGACUUUGUGCCAACUAUUCUUUUAGUGACAACCCCUUCGCGGUGCGUUCAUCCAACCACUGUAGUGAUAUCGUUAAAAAUGCAUGCGAACACUCAUUGUCAGGUGCUAAGGUUGAUUUGAGGACGCACACCCCUGAUAAGCGCGGGAACGCGUGUGUUUCUUCCCACCUACAAUUUUUGUUUUAUUUUUUUUUUGUUAAUUUUUUGUGGUAUUCCGACGGAUCUGGAUAAUCGUGUCAAAAUACUCCAUCUCAACGGUUCUGCCGUCACUGCAGAUGGGAGUGUUUGAAGAAAGGCCUUCUUACACGCCCGGGAUGCAUUGGCAGCAGCACGAACAAUACAUAGGCCCGGCGUAUGACCCAUCCCGCGACCUCUCGCCGAACCUCCCCUCGUGCGACUCGUCAAUGGGGGACGUAGAUCCCAGCAUCUCCAGCGGCAGUUCUUGCAGCACCCCAUCCAACAACAACCACCAGUCCUGCGGCUCGGACAUCUGCAGGCCGCCGCCAACUUCGACGCAUCUGCCACCGCAGUCGGUCACUCCCGUGGAACUCUGCAGGCCGCACUCCUCUUUCGCCGACCACAUACCAAAGUUAGAGCCGCUGCAGAAUCCCGGUUCGCCAUCGAGACCCCCGUCCAGCUGCGCAGACGAUAACGGCGGUUCGGGCUGUGCUGGUUGCGGUCUGCGCAUCACCGACAGAUUUUACUUGCAAGCCGUCGACCGGAGGUGGCACGCCACCUGUUUGCAGUGUUGCCAGUGCAGGAACACUUUAGACGGUGAAAAGACUUGUUUUUCAAAAGACGGGAAUAUUUUUUGUAAGAAGGAUUAUUAUAGAAUAUUCGGUAUGAAACGUUGCGGUCGUUGCCAGGCAACCAUCCUUUCCUCUGAGCUGGUGAUGCGCGCCCGCGAGCUAGUCUUCCACGUGCACUGCUUUUCCUGCGCAGUUUGCAAUUCGCCCUUAACCAAGGGCGACCACUUUGGCAUGAGGGAUGGGGCUGUUCUAUGCAGAUUGCAUUUCGAAAUGCCAAUGGCGGAACCGAUUCCCUCGGGGAUGUUCACCCCCGGCAUGCAUCACUAUCCGCCCCCGUUUCCCAGUCCGGAUUUCCACCACCACGCGGCGGUGCCUCCUCCCACCCCCGGCGACGGUGUGGGGAAAGUGCCCUUCUUUAACGGAGCUCCGACAACGCCCAGACAAAAGGGCCGGCCGCGGAAAAGGAAACCAAAGGACCUUGAGGGAAUGACAGCGAAUUUAGAUUUGAAUUCGGAUUAUUUGGACAUGUCGUUUGGAAGAUCGCCGGGCACGCCGGGAAUGCAUGGGUCCAAUCAACGGACGAAAAGGAUGAGGACAUCUUUCAAGCAUCAUCAGCUGAGGACCAUGAAGUCCUACUUUGCAAUCAAUCAUAAUCCGGAUGCGAAGGACCUUAAGCAACUAUCUCAAAAGACUGGAUUACCUAAGAGAGUACUGCAGGUGUGGUUCCAAAACGCACGGGCCAAAUGGCGAAGAAUGAUGCUAAAGCAAGAAGGCAAGUCUGGCGACAAGUUGUCGGGAUCGGAAAGCAUGAGUGACAUGGAUCUUUAUCCGCACGGUCCGGGCUCGAUGGGCAGUAGUAUCUCAAUGACGCCGCACAGUCCCUUCAACAUGCACACCGGCAGCCCUUCGUCCCUGGACUGCUCGUGAAAAAUAUUUUGAGGUUAGGAAAUCACGACCGAAUCACACACUUUGGGACACCGCGAGAGUUAAGUUCUUUUAUAUAUUAAAAUGUUAAAAGUACAAAAACAGGUUUUUGAAA